GGGAGAGAGGAGGAGGAGGGAGGUAGCAGGGGACACGGUAACCUGCAGGAGGACUCACAUGGUCCUGCAGCAGCGGAGCUCAGAGCACCGGGACUCUCCGAACCUCUGACACCCAGCUCGGCUCCAGUCUUCCGCUCUCUCCUCCUUUUUGUUUGCCUCUUGUUAUUAUUCUCGCAUCCCUCCUCCCGCAGCCCAGUGUCGGUCGGACUCGGGCCGGUAAAGCAGCGCCAUGGCUCGGGAGAACGGAGACACCGGCAGAGGAGAGACGUGGAAAAAGCAAGUCGACGACAUCAAGAAGAUUUUUGAUUUUAAAGAAGUCCUCGGCACAGGGGCGUUCUCAGAGGUGGUCCUGGCCCAGGAGAAGCUGACUGGCCGGAUGUUUGCGGUGAAGUGCAUCCCCAAGAAGGCUCUGAAGGGGAAGGAGAGCAGCAUCGAGAACGAGAUCGCCGUGCUGAGGAAGAUCAAGCACGAGAACAUUGUGGCUCUGGAGGACAUCUAUGAGAGCCCCGACCACCUCUACCUGAUUAUGCAGCUGGUGUCUGGCGGCGAGCUGUUCGACCGAAUUGUGGAAAAAGGUUUCUACACGGAGAAGGAUGCGAGCACGCUGAUCCGGCAAGUCCUGGAUGCCGUUAACUACCUGCACAAGAUGGGGAUCGUACACCGAGACCUGAAGCCAGAGAACUUGUUGUAUUUCAAUCCUCAAGACGAGUCCAAAAUCAUGAUCAGUGACUUCGGUCUUUCCAAGAUGGAGGGCAGCGGUGACGUUAUGUCCACCGCCUGCGGCACACCGGGAUACGUGGCUCCAGAGGUUCUCGCCCAGAAGCCCUACAGCAAAGCCGUGGACUGCUGGUCCAUCGGGGUGAUCGCCUACAUCCUGCUCUGUGGUUAUCCUCCGUUCUACGAUGAAAACGACUCCAAGCUGUUCGAGCAGAUCCUGAAAGCCGACUACGAGUUUGAUGCACCGUACUGGGACGACAUAUCGGACUCAGCCAAGGAUUUCAUCAGCAGUCUGAUGGAAAAAGAUCCAGCCAAGCGUUUCACCUGCGAACAGGCACUCAGACAUCCCUGGAUCGCUGGGGAUACGGCUCUCUGCAAGAACAUUCAUGAGUCAGUCAGCCGGCAGAUCAGAAAGAACUUCGCCAAGAGCAAAUGGAGGCAAGCGUUCAAUGCCACCGCCGUGGUUCGGCACAUGAGACGGCUGCAGCUUGGCAGCAGCAUGGGGAGCAGCAUGGACGCCUCCAACCCACUGACUAGGCCGAGUCAAACACAGAAGCCGGGCCAAAGCCAGAACCCGGCGGGCCAGAACCAGCCAGCUCAGAGCCAAAACACGGGCCAGGCAGCACAGAGCCAGAGCACCAACACCGCCGCCAGCAAAAACGCUUCCAUAGACAACAACAUAGCAGCUCCCCGUAAGGAAUGUGUCACUGCACCGGUCACUCCCUGCAGUCUAGCGUCCGCAGCCUCUUCUCCCGCCGCGGGGACGGAGCUGAACCGGCCACAUCCCUCGGCGGUCCCCGCCCCGGUGCUCACGGAAACCAAGUGACGCCAGGUCCCGCGGGGAACCAGCUGGGAGGCCACAGCGCUGUGAGGCAGAGAGACGGAAAGAGACGGAGGACGACCAGAGAGGAAGAGGAUCUUCUUCGUCCCUCCCUCUUUUCACUGCACUCCCUCUUGGAUGCGCCCUCCACCCCCCCCAACCCUCCCAGCCGGUACCCCGCCCUGCUCCCGGGAGAGCAGAGGACUUUACCUCCACCCCACCGACUCAAGCCACCAUUGCCAUCCUGUACGCCCACCACCCACCAGGACGACGUGUAGGAUCCCAGCAGCACCUCCACUGACUCACCGAGGAUGUUUGUCCCUUCGGCUGUUUAUUGAUCAGUGGGUGGAUCCGAGUUCGAGCAGCAGCAGCUGGUGGUUCACGGUGGAGCUGGUGGUAUCAUAUUAUUGAGUGUCAGUCAACAUCAACUUCCCUCUUGAAUCUGGUCUUUCCUGCACCACUUUAUUUAGCUUUUUCCAACUUAGGUUUGACUGUUGGCAACUGGAUUGUUUUAUUUUUUAUUAUUACUGUAAAAUUUUAAAGGUGCUGUGUGUGACUUUUAACAUUGUCAGAUCAAUAGUGCUGCUUUAGUACAAGUAGUGUAAACACAUAGGGCUGCUGAAAGAUGACAGGUCACCUCAGUUACAGUGUAUAUCCAGCGUGAUAAAAGUGUUUCUCUAAAUUAAGACCCAAUGCCCCAUGAGUCCUUUAGUUUCUCUGUUUCCUCUCUGUUUGUUCUGGGGAAACAGAAUCCUGAUCCUUUUACGACUUCUAGUAGAAUUAAGAGGAUUUCCUUCCAAAUGUGACCUUUUCACUUUAAAAUUCCCAACAGAGGCCGACAGUCUUCUGCGCAGUGACCUCAGCUGUUUACACAAAAUUUACUAAUGUUACGGCUUAUUGUUGCAAUGAGUUAUCCCUGUAAAAAUGCAGCACACAGCACCUUUAAGAUCUUCUGUUACCCUUAAUGGGCUUGUUCGUCUGUUUGUUUGUGCUUUAAGAAGUGCUUUAAAAGUACCAUAUGACUGUUGAGAUGUGGAAACCUGAGGAAGCGCUUUUAUCUAUUUUGCACAGAGAGGGUCAGAUACGUUGUCACACACAGAUUAGCUGCCAUCCACAUGUGUUUAUCAGACAGAGAGUAGAGAUUGUAAACCUUUAUACGGAUGUCAGAGCAUUGUGCAACUUGUUUAUUGUCUGAAAGUUGUUUGAUUUGAUUAUUUUCUUACCUUAUAAGACUUUUAUAACAAUCGCCCUUUAAGGGACACACAUACUGGUUACUACGAAACAUGCAGCGAGUUUAGGAUAGAGAAGACGGAUAUGUGUAUUUACUGGAAAGCUGCCUCCAGUUGAGAAUGUUGGCGAUUCAACAUAGAUUGCCAUCUGACUUCCCGAACUAAGGAGCUACAAGCAGCGCAAUGUAGAUUUAGGAUGACUAAAAGAGACAUGAGAUAUUUAUCAGCCUGCCAAGUGGGUCUUUAGAGUCACAAUCCAAGCUGGAGAAGCUGUUGCCUGCCGCCGUUCCUUCCCCCCUCUAACGAAGCCAUGAUCUCACCUUCUCGUUUUGUCAAGCUGCACCCAGUCCAGAAGUGCUCAGGGAAAACUGCAGCUGCACGGUGCGCUGGCAAACACCACUUUUCGUUUGUUUAUUUAGGUUCUGUCACGGUCCAGGCGUUCCAGGCGGCAUCACAGUUAAUGAUCCAGGGCUCCGGACGUUAGCCGUGUCUUUAUCGCAGUGUUGUGGUGACUUGAGCAGUGAGGACUCAGACCUCAGCUCAGACUAGACCAUCGAUGGCUAAGUAGUUCUGGACAACUUGAACUCUAACUCUACAGCUUGGUGUCCCAUUCUCAACCGCUCAGCUAGGUUUAAUUUAACUAUUCCACUGAUUGUCUCGUUUUUCGUGUUCUUAACGGAACUCUAUUUAAACUUUAUUCCAACGUGACCAUUGUGCCGCUGAUGCUAAUGGCCUUUUACACUCAGAAAGCAGAACUGUACAGCGUCAGGGUGCUCGCUCACACAUAUCAGAUUGUCUCACGUUUAUUAGAUGCAAUUCUAUCAAUCCCUUUAUUAUGAAUUGUAACCAAAGACUUCUGAAGACAAUUUGGUUCAUUCUGCAUUAAUCUGUGAAUUAGUUCCAACAAAACUAGUCAGAUGUGAAGCUGUUUAAGACACAAGCUGAGACUAAGGGCUGAACUCCAGCUGCAAACUAACCUGGAGAGAAAGUUGUCGACUUUUGAUCCAUUCUUGAUCUGUUGCCAUUUACCUUUUUUAUGUACGCAGUGUGCUGCUAAAAAAGUAUUAUUCAUAGUGCUUGUUUUAAUCUGUGUGGCAUUAAGGUAAAAAUGACAGUAAAUCACCGAAGCUUUCUGGACCUCACUGUUGGCUCACUGCGUCGUUGACUAAAGUUGACUAAAACAAAUCAUGACGAGACAUUUGUGAACCAAACUCGUUUCCUUCCUCUCUCUUGUCUGCAUCUCUGGUCGUUAACAGCAGCAUUUUAACAGCAGUGGUUAGUUACAAUUGCAGCGUGGACACGGGUUCAUAAUCCAAAAUAUUCUACAUGGUUGUUAAUGUCAGGUAGUCCCAUGAAAAGGCCAAAACCAGCAACUGUUCAUCUGUUUCUCAACCUUCUUAAAGCAAAAAUAUUUUUCAGCUUGGCAUUGUAGUUUUUAUUACUCAAGUAGAAGUAAAUCGUGCGUUCGUCUGGCACUAUUUUCAGCAGCGGAUCAAUACACAUUAGGUGCUCGAUAGAGUAUUUACGGCAGCAGGAUGGUGUAUGCAAGACUGUGUCAGCAUGAAGUAAUGGAGGAACAUUUCACCCGGUCCAAUAAUGUGGCUCAUUUGUGAGUUUUUGGAUGAAAAAAAAAUUAGUUUCGUGGCUUCGAUGAAUAAGAUCUAUCAGGUUUUGGAUACACAGAAAACACCUGCUCAUCGGGUGUUAUUGGUAUUGCUUGAGAUUGUUCUCAAAAAGAAAACUAUGGAAUAUCAACAGACCUGUCUGUUGAAGACAUUUUAUUGGUUGUUUUUCCACAAGAUAUAUUAAAUAAUAUAGUAAAUAUCCAGCAAUGACUUAGGACAUAGUUUACUGAAAGAUUUACGCAGGUGGCUUAAGGUUUUGCUUUGAAAGAGGGAAAUGUAUUGUUGCUUAAAAGACUACAGACUGUACAUAAAAGAUGGACGUAGCCACCAUUUGGUUUGUGGAGUACUGAUUGCAAGCAUCGAGUUCAUAAUUUUGACUGUUGCCAUCUUGGUCCUUUGUAAAUAGACAUCAUGAUAAAGUGGCUGAUCUGACUGAGAACUGGAGGACUCUACAGAUGCUCAUAUGGCCCUGGAACAUACCCAGCUUUACUGUCUAUAUGGGACCAUAAUAUUCAAAAUGAUUAUCAUGCUGUAGGGAAGGCGACUCAAAACUAGUGAUUAAGACGAUAAACUCAUUAGAAGAAUGUUUACUGGGGUAACAAAUCAGUUGAGAAGUCGGGUCAUUUUCUCAUCAACUUCUUUACAAUUGCAACCCGAGGAGUCGCCCCCUGCUGGCUGUUAGAAAGAAUGCAGGUUUAAGUCACUUCCACAUUGGCUUCACUUCUCAGACCUAAACGACAUCCAUCUUUUCUGUACAGUCUUUGUGAAAGAUGCUGCUGCAGUGUGGGAUAAACAGGAUCCAACAUUUUAGGAGCUUUACACAAGCUAGAGACUAAAGGCUGUCUUGCUUUCGUCUACUUUUAACUUUGGCUGUUUUUUAAUUUUUCACUUUCUUGGGAACACCAUAGCUUUAUGGAAGGGCAAUGUUAAAGUGCUGGAAUACACUUUUUAGGGAAGGGUAACUUUGGAAAAACCGCUGGAAUUGUCCUUUAACAGAACACCUUAUUCAUAUGCAGUGAACUCAUUCAUAUUCAUGAACUCCACACACACGAUGCACUUCACUGUCGUUUGGUUAUUUGCGAAUAAAUCCUGAAUUUUGCAGACAGUAUGGUGGCACCGCUGACGUUGAGCUUUUUGUUCUUUUGGAGACCAGAUUUCAGAUCCAUUGGCUGAAAACUCUUUAUGCUUAUUGUCCUCGCAACAAAUCCAGUCUUAAUAGGCUUUAAGUUAAGUAAAUAGGGUAGAACAUAGUGUGUAAAAAAAAAAAAACAAAAGUUAGCCUGAUUUAUUUCAUUUUAAAUGUGCGCGUCAAAGCAGUCAUAGAAAAAACGUGUUUCUUACUGAACUGCAGCACCUACAUGUCUCUGCAUGACCGCAUAGUUAAGCUUUCAGAAAAUUUAUAUAUAUAUCCUGACGUUUUUACAGUGGGCUCUUGUGUUACGUUUGUCUGAGAGGAAACUAACCAACUCUGAAGUCAGUCCAUGUAGACUUGCUGAAGGAAACUCUCAAUCAUGUAAGGGCUUUAUUCCAGUGAUCACCUUAAUCUGAUUAUUCACUGAAACCCAUUGAUUGCUAUGCAUUUUUUAAAACAUUUUUAAGUGCGUUGUCAAUGCUUUUCUUGAAAUUGUGAUCAGGAAACACCAAGGAAACAUCAGCAGCAAGUGCAAACUCUGAAAGUCUGUCUCAUCUAAGACUAGUUCAAUCACUGACCUAUUAGCGUUACUAUUACUGACUGAGCUACACUGUAGAGGUGGUAGAGAUGUUAACGAAGCCAACACUGUCAGAAUCAUUAAAUGUGAUGUCGUCCACCUCGGUCUGGACGUUUGGGUUUACGAAUGUGCUGUGAGGCAGGCAGAGGGUUUCAGGUUCAUGCUCCUCUGUGGUUUUUACGUCUGCUGUUUUCGUUUGCUGAAGAGACGGAUUUUACAUGUUAUCCGAACGGAUCUUUCCACGUUAAAGUCGCUACUGUAAAUAGACUGUGAAUAUGAAUGAUCAUUUUCAAGAUAAUAUUUGCGAAUGUUUUGCUGUUCAGGCAUGUGUGAGUGAGCGAGUGAGCGAGUGUGUGUCGAGGGAAGUUGAUUGUAUUCUCUAUGGAAUGUUUAAUGUAUUAAAAAAGAGGAAAAAAAAAACAAGAAAAAAAGCUAAAGUCCCCUUUACUCCCCGACUGCUUUCAGAAAACUGUCCGGCAGCGUUUUGACUGUCCAGUGCAGAGCUGCUCAGCGCAGUUCAAUGCCAUCAGUGUUCCACCUCCACUUCAGUGUCAGUCCGACUACAAGUGAAAGCAUCGUUUACUGAACUCAGGCUUACGUUUUUUGCCAUUCUAAAGGAAGAAAUCCAAAGCUGUGACCGGCUCAGAAACACACUGUUAUGGACGUAAGGGGAAGCGACGGCCCGCUCUCGCCCGCUACUUCCCCUUUUGAGCUCACCCUCCUCGGACCUUUUUUUUAACGAAGACGCCGCUGAAGUGCUCUGUCACGAAAAAAAAAAACACAAGCAUGUUGAAAAAAGUGCUUCAAGAAUUUCAAUUUCACCAUGAGUGUUUGCAUAAUCUUAUAUGCCCUUGUAUGAUGUUAGUAUCUCUGUAUUAUGUAAAGACGUACACAGGUGGAGAUGCCCCAAUCCUCAAACAGCUGCGUGGCAGAGUUUCAGUUUUACAAAGAGGCAGAAUCUUCAUUACUAGCUAGCAGGCAUGGAUGUGUUAAAAGAAACUGUUCCAAGAUGGUACUGUAUUUAUUACUAUGAACACUAAAGCUACUUAUAAGUCAAGUCCUUGUAGGCCUUUGAACGUCUGCUGAUUCACUGUAUAAAUUAAUGGUACAAACAGGAUUUACUGAUAUUGCAGCUUAAGGCUUUUAUUGUACUGAAUUUUAUUAAUACAAAAACUAAUUCAUUGUCAGUUAUGACAUUUCGAGAAGUGCAUUUUGUAUUAGAUUUUUGCUGUGUAUGAGUUGAUUUCCUGCAUUCCUAGCUGUGGCCGCUAAGAUGCUAACAUGGCCUCAUAGCUAGUACCAUUCCUGGAGGCAAAUGUGGCAAAAAGCUAAUCAGAACUAUAACUAUUAAGGACUUUUUUAUUUAUUUUUAAACCUAAAAUCUAUUGCGGUAGCCCCCCAAGCUAGCUGUAGCCUUUUAUGGCUAGUGCUUGGCUAAGUAGCUAACAUAGAUUGUACAGCUAAAUUAUAGGGUCAUGACCCGUCUUAUCCCAUAAAGGCAAAGACUAUGAAGCAAAGCACCUGUAGGUAAUGGUUAUGUAUUUUAAAUGGACUAGUUGUUUAGUGGGAUAAGCCACGGCUAAUUUUGCUUACGCUGGCUAAGCUACAUCUCAUGGUCUAUUGCUCCCUUCAAAUGGAACUCCUGAGCUUGUCAUUACAACGUGGAAAGUUGUGUAUAGUUGCGUUCCAACUGCAAGAACUGCCACUAUAAAACCUCUUUUACGAUAGAAAAAGUACCUACUCUUGGUUAGCUACUUCUGAACAGCCUUGCUGUGCCAAUCUCAAUGCUGAUUCGUUAAAUUCAGAGAAGACCAAAGCCAAUUGAUUAAUCUCUGAGAGGACAACAUCCGCCAUUUUUCUGCCGUCUUGAUGUCUUCAUUGACUAGCAGUCUUCUCUAACGUUGCGAUUGACAAUGUACGAUUCAUCACAUAACAAACCCUCCGUCGUUCUAGUUCUUACGCGCUCAUAGAACUGGAGUUGUGUCCAGAAGCUACAGUUCGUCGUUGUUGAACACUCGCAGUAAACUUUGUGGUUGCCAACACCGCAAUGGAAACCAAAAGGCCACUUUUUAAGCUAACAAGCAUAUAGGGUUAUGUAGGAAAUGAAAGGAUAGAAUGAAAAGAUUACUAAAAGUUACAAAGAAAUACUCUCAAUAGAUGGAACUAUAAUGUAUGACUUACCAUCUAUUAAAAACUGAACUUGUAUAGCCUCCAUCAAUUAGAAAACAUCAGCAAACAUCAAAACCAGUGUAAUCAGAACUUUUAAGAACAUUUCCACUUCUGAGUCUGGCGGUCAUGUGGACUUUUCCCACAAACACAGUGAACCCGACUCCCAUUUGAAGGCAUCAUGUGAUCUUGACAAGGACGUAGUUUUCCUUACAUUGCAAGGGGUUUCUCCAUGAAUUGUCGCCAACUGCUUCUGAAGAACUGAAACUCUGUCCGUGCUGCUUGUUGGGCCCGGGUGUCUCCCUGUGGGUGUCCUCGUCCAGAGCCUGCUGAGUUAGCCGGCUGUAUUUACUCUCUGCAUGUGACCACAGAACUCCCAUCCUGUGCACCGUCGUCACCUUGGCGACACUAUGUCUCAGAGCGGGCACUGCCUGCCGCACUUAUUGUGGUGUGAUGAUGAUGAUGACUUUCUGUUAUGGGGCUUGUAUAUCAGAUGCCUUCGACAAUCAUGUGCACAUAUCAGAGUUACCAUGACGACACAGGCCGGAGCGACUGAUUGUGUUUUGUUUGUCUUUUCUCCUGGAAUAAAUCCUGAAUGAUCGUA